AUGGCUGGAUGUCUAUUGUUGGAACUGUUGAUGUAUACAGGGGUGAGUGAGGAGAAGUCUCUGUUUUCUGUGGAGGGUCCCCUGGAACCUGUCGUGGUCUCCCUGGGGGAAGACGCCUCUCUCCCCUGCCAGCUGCUGCCUGAGCAGAGUGCCGCCCACAUGCACAUCCGGUGGUACCGAGGCCAGCUCUCCCCGGCGGUGCUGGUGUUCCAGGAUGGACAGGAGCACAGUGAUGAGCAGAUGCUGGAGUACCGCGGCAGGACCCAGUUGGUGGCCAAUGCCAUCAACAAGGGGAGUGUGACGCUGCUGAUACAGCAUGUCAGGGCCUCUGAUGCUGGCCAGUACUGGUGUCAUUUUAGAGAUGGGGACGUCUUCCAAGAGGCCAUCGUGGAGCUGAACGUUGUAGGUUUGGGCUCUAUCCCUCCUGUUCACAUGACGGGGCCUGAGGAAGGGGGCAUCCGAGUGCUCUGCUCCUCUGGUGGCUGGUUCCCCAAACCAACAGUGCAAUGGAGAGACAAGGCUGGAGGGAAGCUCUCAUCGCUUCCUGAGUCUCAAACGCAAGACAGCGAUGGGCUCUUCUCUGUGGAGUCAUCUAUCAUAGUCAAGGACAGCUCCCUGGGCAAUGUGACCUGUGCCAUCCAGAAUUCCCUCUCUGGCCAAGAGAGAGCGUCAGCCAUCUUCCUCCCAGAGCCCUUCUUCCCCAGGAUGUCUCCGUGGAAAGUAGCGCUAGCCUGGACCUUCCCGGUGCUGAGUCUCCUCCUCAUUGGGAUCAGCUACAUUGGCUGGAGGGAACACAAGGCCAAGGAGCUGGAAAUAAAGAAGACAAAAGUUGAAUCUGAGGAGAGAGAUCAAGCGAAGAAGGAAAAGGAAGAGGCGUGUAAGGCCAGAGAAGACCUCCAGGAAGAGCUCAAGAAGCGAAAAGACCUGUACAAAGAAGAUUGGAAGAAGGCCCUGCUGUAUCCUGACUGGAGGAAGGAACUGUUUACGCCUGAAGGAAAGGAGAACCACAAAGACAAGUCACAGAAUCCAUCUGCCAUUGACCAGCCAGGAGAUGACAACCUCAUUUCAGGUCAGAAAUGUUUCACAAAGGGGAGAUACUAUUGGGAGGUGGAACGGGACACUGAUGAUUGGAUGCUAGGUUUUGUUGAUGACUGUUGGAAGUUUACCCAUCAGAGAAACAUUAAAGUAAAACUCAGAGUCUUAGACAAGAAGGGAGCUAGAUACAGGAUUCAUCGAGUUUUCUCCCCUUUUCUAGCCCCUUACACUUCCUAG